AUGGCCAGAUCGACGGUGCCGGUCCGAUCUGUAGCCCAGGCCCUUUCAAAUCUGCAGAUAUGCGACGAGGACCUGAUGCAGGCAUCACUGCACUGCUUUCAGAAGUGUCCUGAACUGCUUUUGGUCACUCUCCUCCGUCGCUGCGUGCAGCUCUGUGCAGGCCUUGACUGCUGCACAGAGGCCGUCGCCAUUCCACCGUCGUUGUCGAUGGAUGCCUUCCACGCCUUCCAAGUACCGGCGUGGUACGGAGGUGCCAGUGGUGCUGGCGGCUAUGAUUCCACAUCUUCACGCCCCGCGGUCAAGCGGGAGGACGGCUUUCUGCACAAGGGCAGAGAGACGCCGGCGGAUGCCAGCGCUGCCAGUGCGUGGUCUACCCGCGCAGCAGGAGCCUGUGCUGCUGUUGAGGCCAAGCAUGCGGGAGUCGUGCAGCUACUCGCUUCCCGGCUUCGCUCAAUGCAGGCACAACUGAAACAGCCGGGACAUGCCAAAUGGCGGUCAUUCUACGCAUUCAUUGUGCAGACUUUACAGGGCGUCCAUUGGCUUGUCUACCACCACGACGACGACAACGACGACGAGAACGACGACGGCUGGAUGCGGGUUCUGGCGGCCCUGGUCCUCUCCUUCGGCACGGCAGAUGACUGGCCAACCUGCGACAAUCGGGCGUUCCGCGACGAUGAGAUUGAGCCGGGUGGCUUGAAAUUGCUGGGAGUCAAAGAAAGCCCACUAGGCUACUACCCCCAAGCAAAGGCCGCGGUGACCCAUGAGCACUUCUUUCAACAGUUGCGAGCGGUCUUGAGCGAUGACUGCCCGCGCGUCCUGGUGGAAGUCGGCCUGCAGCCAGCAGCUGGAGCUCUGCAGAAUUGGUCCACUGCAUCCCUGUGGCUUCGUUACUUCAACCACUCUGGCAUAAUUCUUGCGGUGGAUCCCGUGGAGACCUACUUGCAGCACUGGACAGAAGGUCUGAAGGAGCCCUGGUCCUCGAGAGGAUCAUUGCAGGUGCGGGCCCUGCAGGCCGCCCUUGGUGCGCGUAGCGGCGCCGAAGCCCAGGUGUUCUUUGACACGAAAGACGGCAAAGUCGCUGCAGCGGAGCAGGUACAAGAAAGAUGCUUGGCGGCUGGGCCGGCCAUGGACGAUCCUGUGCAUCCAUGCUUCCUGGUCCGAAGGCAGAGAGACUUGGCCGUUGCGGCCCCAACUAGGACUUUGGACGACGUGUGGAAGGAGAACUUGAGCAGGAGGCAUAUCGACUUCCUGCAGGUGAACGCAGGAAUGGCCGGCAUGGCCAGCGUGCUGGAGCGAGGAUUUGCAAAGGUCCUUUCCUCGCGAUCAGUGACGAUAUUCGCAUUCCGCAUCGAUGACAUGUGGACAAAGAGCGAGCUUCAGAAAGUCGUCAAGAUCUUGGAUGCUCACCAGUACUUCUCCAUGCUCGGACUCGUUUGUGAAAACAGCACACAAGUCGGAAGCUUCGGGUACCAUGGUCCAGACAGCCAUGUAGGACCCACCACAUACCUGCCCCUGACUUCCAUGGACAUCGAUCUGAUACUGGAUUGGGACAGAAUGCCGCUGCCGCAAAACUUGCUGGCUUUUGACCUGCAGCAGCCUGACGUCUUCAAGACUGUUCAGCUGGGCGAUGUGCAGUGCGACGCCGAGCAGGACGCAGAGGGUACGUGCCGCGAGGACGAUGCGCAAUGCCAGCGGGAUGCGCUGACGGGCCCUCCUGAGCGUCCCCAGCUUGUGCACGUGACAAAGUCCGGGUCCAGGUCUAUCACUUUCGAGUGGCGGCCACACCCUGAAGGUCCAACGCCAGACAGCUACUUGCUGAGGAUAGACCCGGGUGCCUUUGAAGAAGUUGUGGACCACGACACCUUCGAUGCCCUCACGAAUGUCCAGACAUACACGAUGAAUGGGCUUCGCCCGAAUGUAGAGUACACAAUCGCUUUGAGAGCGAUGGGUUUUGGUGGCGAAAGUGGCAAAGUGACGCUUACGCACCGGACAGAGACAGAGGAUACAGCGGUAGCAGAUUCGCAGUAUGAGAUACUGGAAUCAACGCACUGUGGCAUGGGGGCUGCCGAAGAGGUGCAGCCGGCCGGCCCAGCACCUGAAGGCGCUUCGUACUUUCCAGGUGUUUCGGACGUCGAUGGCUGUAGAGCCCGGUGUGAGCGCAACAGGAGUUGUGUAGCUUUCCAGGUGAAUUCGGGCAAUGCCUGUUGGCUGUAUCGUCGGAAGCCCUCCAACCAGCGCCUUGCCGGUCGCCAAUCUGAUGUUGGCUGGUGGUGUGCUGUCCGGAGAGAUUGA